AUGGAACGAGAAGGUGUAGAACAAGAUCGAUCCCGUUCACCCAGGCACAAACUGAAUGUGCCGGAGCCUAGUCCGGACAAUCCGGCAAAGGUCUUGGCAGCGUGCACAACGCUCGCUGUGGGUGUUACCUCAAUGAUUGGAGCUUUCAAAAACAGCAGCGAGAAACUGGAGCUGUUAAUCAACAACACCAAUACAAUGCAACAGGAUCUAGUCCGCAGUAUGGAGGCUAUCGCCACCUCUGUGACGAACAUGAGCCGAGCAGUGGAGUCGCUGACGGCCGGAGUCAGUUAUAACACAGGAAGGGUCGGAGCUGUUUGUGGCGAGUAUCAAAAGCUGCGUAAACAGCUGGAAUGGUCCUUGGACCGCAGCCUCAGUGAUAUCAUGAAAGAAAAUGCGAAGAAGAAGGCUGAGAGUGGAAAAGAGAUGAAAGAUCUUAUGGAUCAGCUGUUUGAAUCCAUGGACCGCCUGCAGGAGAAUAUCAAAGGCUCAUCGAAUGGAGUCUUUGAAGAUUCCAACAGUGCAAGAGAAAGAGUCAGAGUUCGGACCGGCGUUGCCGCCGACGGGACAUGUGACCCCUAUGACUCCUGCGACCAUGCCAUCAGGAAUUAUGCCACCACCUACGGCACCACCUAUGGCACCGCCCAUGGCACCGCCGCAACCGGCACUACCGGUUGCCACAUUCGCAGGCUACAGCCCUGCCAAGGUUCACUCGCUUCUCAGCAGGAUGUCAUGCGACCACCCAGUUCAAGCAUCACCUUGGAGGAGAUCUUCAUUCAACGCUUCAGCUUGAGACUUUCGCCGGGCCUAACCCGGGCCGUUGGCAAAGCCCACGACAAAGCCUGCCUGGACUUGCAAAGGCGGCGGGCAAUGAGUGAGGAGAUUGACAGGCAUGUCCUCAGGAAGUACGAGAUUGUGCAGAAGUUAGGCCGGGGCGCCUACGGCAUCGUUUGGAAGGCCAUUGACAAAAAGACACGAGAGGUCGUUGCGUUGAAGAAGUGCUUUGACGCUUUUCAGAACGCCACUGAUGCCCAGAGAACCUUCCGAGAAAUCAUGUUCUUACAGGAGCUGAAUGGACACGAGAACAUCGUGCGGCUCUUGAACGUGCUGAAGGCAGACAACGACCAGGACAUCUACUUGAUCUGUGACUACAUGGAAUCAGAUUUGCACGCGGUGAUCCGUGCCAACAUCUUGGAAGAGAUUCACAAGCAGUAUAUCAUCUACCAGCUGUUGAAGUCUUUGAAGUUUAUGCACUCAGGGCAGAUGCUCCACCGGGACAUCAAGCCAUCCAACAUUCUGCUGAAUUCAGACUGCCAAGUCAAGGUGUGUGAUUUUGGGCUGGCCAGAAGUGUUGUGCAGCAACAGGACAAUGCUACAAAUCCAGUGCUCACUGACUACGUUGCCACCCGAUGGUACCGAGCCCCCGAGAUCUUGUUGGGCUCCACGUCUUACAUGAAGGGCGUGGAUCUUUGGAGUGUCGGAUGCAUCCUGGGCGAGCUCCUUUCGGGCAAACCCAUCUUUCCAGGAACCUCCACGAUGAAUCAGCUGGAUCGCAUCAUGGAGGUGACUGGACGUCCCAGUAGCGAAGACGUGGACGCCAUCAAGUCGCCCUUUGCGGCCACGAUGUUGGAGUCUCUACCCAUGAGCCGGCCGAGGCCAUUGAGCGAGAUGUUCCCAUCAGCAAGUGUGGAAGCCCUUGAUCUCUUGCGACUUUGCUUACAGUUUAACCCUAACAAGCGCAUCACUGCGAAGGAUGCCUUGCGCCAUCCGUACGUUGUUCAGUUUCAUAACCCGGAUGAUGAAUUCGAUUGUGACCGUACGAUUCGAAUUCCCAUCGAUGAUAACACCAAACUUACGGUGCAGGACUACCGCGAUCGACUCUACAACGAGGUCCUGAAGAAGAAGAAAGAGCAGCGUAGAUCGCACAGGAGAAACUUAGAGAUGCAGCAAACACAAGCAGGCACCGUGCAGACCCACCUCAGCGCUGGUCAAACUGUUCCACAGCAGUACCAGGCGGCAGGUGCACAGGUGGCCCCGGGCGGCGCGCCCAUGGCUCAUGCUGGGGCCCAGCGUACCUCCCAUUCGGGGCCCGCUUCGUAG